GACCCUCCAUCGUGACCCCUCCAAAGGACAUCUGGAAUGUGACAGGAGCACAGAUCUACCUGAGCUGUGAAGUCAUUGGUAUCCCCACCCCUGUCCUCAUCUGGAACAAGAUAAUUCGGGGACAGUUUGGUGUGCAGAGGAUGGAGCUUCUGCCUGGGGACCGAGAAAACUUGGCUAUCCAGACCCGAGGGGGCCCUGAGAAACACGAAGUGACUGGCUGGGUGCUCAUAUCUCCUCUGAGCAAAGAGGAUGCUGGAGAAUACGAGUGUCAUGCAUCAAAUGCCAAAGGAGAGGCAACAGCUUCUGCAAAAAUCCAUGUUGUGGAAACUCUGCAUGAGAUAGCCAUGACCAAAGAUGAUGGUGCAGAGCUGUGAUGUGAUGCGAGGACUUUCACCUACGCACAGUUUUAAAUUAGUAUUUUGGAAGGCUGCAACCUCUGGCUUUUUCUGGCUCACUACGCAUUCCCUCUUAAUGGCCUUAUUCUUCGAUUCCCAGUUUGCUUGCACACUUCCUUCACAGAUACACAAAUAAAGAGAUUCACAGGUUUGACUAUGAUUUUUAUUUCUAUUUACAGGAAAUAAACAUACCUUUGAGUAGCACA